GUGACUACAAAACUGCAACUACUGGCAAGGGUGGAUGCACUAGCAUGUACUUCAUUUUUAAACACAAAUUACAGAAGAGCUUUCAAGUUACUGAAUCAUAGAAGUAGGGUUGGAAGGAACCUUGUAGAUCUUCAAGUCCGACCCCCUGCCUGGGCAGGAGGAAAACGGCUCAAUUGACCCCAGCCAGGAAAUGUGACUAUGAAGGGUUUCUGUGUUCUCUACUGUUGCCUGCAGAAUCUCGCACUUCUGCUUUUGCACUGAAAGCCUUUAAUGUGGAACUGGCUCAGGCAGAUUAAAGAUUCUAUAACACAGAAAACUACAGGUUUAAUGCGAAUGCAGUUUUGGAGGAAAGCUGUGGAAGAUAUAUACUGUGAUAACCCACCUCAUCAACCGGUUGCUAUAGAACUAUGGAAAGCUGUCAAAAAACAUCAGUUGACUAAAAUGUGGCUUAUGAAGAUCAUUGAUGAACGAAUUCAUCCUCAUUCAUGUUCCAUGGUCCAACUACAGGAAAAAAAUUUGGAUGAUAGAGCAUAUCGUAACAUCCAAGAGCUUGAAACAUAUGCUGAGAACACUCAGAGCGCUCUUUUAUAUCUCACACUGGAAAUGUUGGGUGUGAGGGACAUCCAUGCAGAUCAUGCAGCCAGUCACAUUGGGAAAGCGCAGGGUAUAGUCACCUGUCUACGAUCAACUCCAUAUCACAUCAACAGAAGAAAGGUUUUUCUUCCUAUGGACAUUUGUAUGUUGCAUGGUGUUUCACAAGAGGAUUUCAUAAGAUGCCAUCAAGAGAAAAAUGUGAGAGACGUAAUUUAUGACAUUGCCAGUCAGGCACACGUCCAUCUAGAACACGCCCGAUCCUUCAGUAAAAAUGUUCCUGGUAAAGCAUGUCCUGCCUUUCUCUAUACAGUUGCAUUAGAGGAUUAUUUACAUAAAAUACAAAAAGUAGAUUUCAACAUAUUCCAUCCAAACUUACAUAAGAAGAAUGUAUUACUACCACUGCAUUUGUAUAUUAGAUCUUGGAAAAAAAUGUAUUAAAAAUGUACUGAGCACAUGAUACUGA